AGCCCCGCACCACGUGACGGUCGGGAAGGAGGUCGACAGGGGAUGGGGCGCCGUGGCAGUAACCCCUUCCACUCCGCUUGCCGCGGUGCGGUCACUGGUGGCCAGGCGGUCCAGCAGGGCCUUGGAUCCUCUGGAACAGGAGUUAUAGGGGUUGUGAGCACCAUGUGGAUGCUGGGAAUGGAACCCCAGUCAUCUGCAAGAACAACAAACUUUCACUCUAUAGCCUAGGCUGGCCUGAAACUCACUAUGAAGCCAGAGAUGACCUUGAACUUCUGAUCCUCUCACCUCCAUCCCUGAGUGCUGGGACUGCUGGGCCCGCUGCUCAGCACACCUGGCUCCAGAGGCCAUGGCCUGCCUCCAUGAAACCCGAACACCCUCCCCUUCCUUUGGGGGCUUUGUGUCUACUCUAAGUGAGGCUUCUAUGCGAAAGCUGGAUCCAGACACUUCAGACUGCACCCCCGAGAAAGACCUGACGCCCACCCAAUGUGUACUUCGAGAUGUUGUGCCUCUCGGUGGGCAGGGUGGAGGAGGACCCAGCCCCUCCCCAGGUGGAGAGCCUCCCCCAGAGCCUUUUGCCAAUAGUGUCCUCCAGCUACAUGAGCAGGAUACAGGUGGGCCAGGGGGAGCCACUGGGUCACCUGAGAGUCGAGCAUCUAGAGUUCGAGCUGAUGAGGUACGUCUGCAGUGCCAGAGUGGCAGUGGCUUCCUUGAAGGUCUUUUUGGCUGCCUGCGCCCUGUCUGGACAAUGAUUGGCAAAGCCUACUCCACAGAACACAAGCAACAGCAGGAAGACCUUUGGGAAGUCCCCUUUGAGGAAAUCCUGGACCUGCAGUGGGUAGGCUCAGGGGCUCAGGGUGCUGUUUUCCUGGGACGCUUCCACGGGGAGGAGGUAGCUGUGAAGAAGGUUCGAGAUCUCAAGGAGACUGACAUCAAGCAUCUUCGAAAGCUGAAGCACCCCAACAUCAUCACUUUCAAGGGUGUUUGCACACAGGCCCCCUGCUACUGCAUCCUUAUGGAAUUCUGCGCUCAAGGACAGCUAUAUGAGGUGCUCAGAGCCGGCCGCCCUGUCACCCCCUCCUUGCUGGUUGACUGGUCCAUGGGCAUCGCUGGUGGCAUGAAUUACCUGCACCUGCACAAGAUUAUCCACAGAGACCUGAAGUCACCCAACAUGCUAAUCACAUACGACGAUGUGGUGAAGAUCUCAGAUUUUGGCACUUCCAAGGAGCUGAGUGACAAGAGCACCAAGAUGUCCUUUGCAGGAACAGUAGCCUGGAUGGCUCCUGAAGUGAUCAGAAAUGAACCUGUGUCUGAGAAGGUUGACAUCUGGUCCUUUGGGGUGGUGCUAUGGGAACUACUGACUGGAGAGAUUCCCUACAAAGAUGUAGAUUCCUCAGCCAUCAUCUGGGGUGUGGGAAGCAACAGUCUCCACCUGCCUGUACCCUCCAGCUGCCCAGAUGGUUUUAAAAUUCUACUUCGCCAGUGCUGGAACAGCAAACCACGAAAUCGCCCAUCAUUCCGACAGAUCUUGCUGCACCUGGACAUCGCCUCCGCUGAUGUGCUCUCUACACCCCAGGAGACUUACUUUAAGUCCCAGGCAGAGUGGCGGGAAGAAGUAAAACUGCACUUUGAAAAGAUUAAGUCAGAAGGGACCUGUCUGCACCGCCUAGAAGAGGAACUGGUGAUGCGGAGAAGGGAGGAGCUCAGACAUGCCCUGGACAUCAGGGAGCACUAUGAACGGAAGUUGGAGAGAGCCAACAACCUGUACAUGGAACUGAAUGCCCUCAUGCUGCAACUAGAACUCAAAGAGAGGGAAUUGCUCAGGCGAGAGCAGGCUUUAGAAAGGCGGUGUCCUGGUCUACUAAAGUCACACCCUUCUCGGGGCCUCCUACAUGGAAACACUAUGGAGAAGCUCAUCAAGAAAAGGAACGUGCCACAGAAACUGUCGCCCCACAGCAAAAGGCCAGAUAUUCUCAAGACAGAGUCGUUGCUACCUAAACUAGAUGCAGCCCUAAGUGGGGUGGGGCUUCCUGGGUGUCCUAAGGGCCCCCCUUCACCUGGAAGGAGUCGGCGUGGCAAGACCCGUCACCGAAAGGCCAGUGCCAAGGGCAGCUGUGGAGACCUGCCUGGGCUUCGUGCAGCUUUGCCACCCCAUGAGCCUGGAGGACUAGGAAGCCCAGGGGGCCUAGGAGUGGGCCCUUCAGCUUGGGAUGCUUGCCCCCCUGCUCUCCGUGGACUCCACCAUGACCUUCUACUCCGAAAGAUGUCAUCAUCAUCCCCAGACCUGCUAUCAGCAGCGCUGGGAGCCCGAGGCCGAGGGGCUACAGGGGGAGCUCGGGAUCCUGGCUCACCACCUCCACCCCAGGGCGAUACUCCUCCAAGUGAGGGAUCAGCUCCUGGUUCCACCAGCCCAGAUUCGCCUGGGGGAGCUAAAGGGGAACCCCCUCCACCAGUAGGGCCUGGAGAAGGUGUGGGGCUGCUGGGAACUGGAAGGGAAGGGACUGCAGGCCGGGGAGGAAACCGGGCUGGGUCCCAGCACUUGACCCCCGCUGCGCUGCUGUACAGGGCUGCUGUGACUCGAAGUCAGAAACGUGGUAUCUCAUCUGAAGAAGAAGAAGGAGAGGUAGACAGUGAAGUAGAGCUACCCCCAAGUCAAAGGUGGCCUCAGGGCCCGAACAUGCGUCAGUCACUAUCUACAUUCAGCUCAGAGAACCCAUCAGAUGUGGAGGAAGGUACAGCUAGUGAGCCUUCCCCAAGUGGCACACCAGAAGUUGGCAGUACCAACACUGAUGAGCGACCAGAUGAACGAUCUGAUGACAUGUGCUCACAGGGCUCAGAAAUUCCACUGGACCUACCUACUUCAGAGGUGGUCCCUGAACGUGAAGCCAGCUCCUUGCCCAUGCAACACCAGGAUGGCCAGGGCCCCAAUCCUGAAGACUCAGACUGUGACAGCACUGAAUUGGACAACUCCAACAGCAUUGAUGCCUUGCGGCCCCCAGCCUCCCUUCCUCCAUGAAAGACACUCUUAUUCCUUGUACAUAGAGAAAUAUUUAUAUAAAUAAUAUAUAUGCGCCACAUAAUCAACAGAUAGAUGGGGCUUUCUUAGCCUUAAGCCAGGCUUGAGAGUGAACGACGCCCCUGACCAAUUACCGAAUAAGUUCUGGGGACACUGGCAGCUGUGGAAAUGAAUGACUCCGAGUACUACCCUAGAGCUAUAAAGAAAGGAAGCUGGCCCCUUCUUGCUUCACCCCAUUCCUUAUGUUGAACAAGCAAGUAGGCAAUAGAAAAGCCAGGCUUGUCUCUAUACUGUCUAUCCCUGAACACUGGAGGGGCAGGUAGAGGAUUCACUUAAAACUGCACUUUUAUUUUCCGUUUACUGUUUACACAUUUUGCACUUGGGAGGAGGGAAAGAAACUAAGGCUGGGUCAUCCCUCUGAGGUUUCUCAGGUGGCAAUGUAACUCAUUUCUUUGUUCCUGUUUCUCUGCCCAAACCCUGGCUUUGGGCCAGACGACUAACAGCAUGUGAUGGCUCAGGCUGAAGAACUGGGGUGCUGUUAGUCCCCACUGUUAUCUUGGUGCCUGGUAGGGGUGGGGACUGUCAUAUUGUAACCCCUGUGAACAACCUUGAAAUAUAACCACUCCAUGCAGGCCCAACUGUCGAGGGUUUUCUUGGUGAAUGAGUAGAGUGGUAUAAUACAUGGUUUCAACUUGGAUUUAAGAUUUUAUCUGAGGAAUUUGGACAAGUUAUUUUCUAAGUUAACAUAAAUGAUAGCAGGUAAACUUUUCUAAAUGAUUUCAGAACAAGGAGGUCUCAAAACACCUAUGGAGAAAACUAAAUGAACAAUUACUAGAACUUUAAAGUAUGCAAGGUAGAACAAGGGGCAGCCAUUCCCAAGUUUACUAUCCUUACUAUCCACGAGUUCCUGCCCAGCUCCAUAAAUGCACCAGCUGCUCUACAAUCCUAGGGUAAGUGUAAUUGUCAAUCUCCGUAAACAAGUUUUCAGAGGCUACCCAGUAUCAUGGAGGGGGAGGUGAUUGAGGGCAAAUUAAAAAAAUUGGAGUGGUAAAAAAGGGAAGAAAGUCCAUUAAUUCUAUUGAAACUGAAUCAGGGCUCUCUGGAAGUUAAAAGGUAUAAAAAUAACAUCAGACAGGAACAACACCCACGUAAGUCACUGUGGCAUCCAGUUUCUAUUCACAAAGAAAAAGCUCCAGUCCAUCUUUUAAUUUUUUUUUUUGAAAAAUUCCUGACAUUACAGAACUAAACUGAAAUGUAUUAAUAAUCCACUCUUACAUUUCCAUGACAAACAAAAAUUCAUGAGCCAAACAAAAACAAAAACCAAAAAACAAAAGGGGGAGAAGCUUAUAAAACUAAAUAUGGAUAUCUCAGCGUAACUGCUGAACAGAGAAAGGAAUUAAAACACUUUAAUUAAAAAAUCAUGAGUGGAUGAUAAAGUGUGUAGAAACUGAAAAUUUACAAACUAUUUUAAAACCUGGAGUCGCUGACUGUUCAGAAACUACACAGAUGGAUCAUGGGUGGUGAACAGCAGGAUUAUGGAUGGGUCUGCUCUGUUCUAGCUGCUCCCCAUGCCACCUGUCUCCGAGGAAAGCCUGUAAAACACAAAGAAGAAUAAGUCAGCUUACCUAGCUACAAUUCAUCACACCAAGGUAUUUCAAGGUUUCUUAGAUUAGCUAGUACCAUAGUGCACAAGGUUGUUUAUGUAACACCACUACAACCAAGGUUCCUGAGGUGUUCUCAGAAGAACAUAACAAAUGAUGUUAAGUUGGUGACACUGUCUCUUCACGUUUUACUCUUUGCAAACUGAAAGCAUUUCUAGAGAACAUUAGGCUUCAAGGAGUUGAUCCUGUCGUGUUUACACUAGAACAGCCCACCAAUGUGAAGGAACUUUGUGUUGGGAGCCUAACAUUUAAAGAUAUUAUGUAAUUUUAACAAUACUUAAAGGGAGGAGCAAGAAUAGGAACUAUAGUGAAAAAUUGAAUUAUUGUUUUCAAGCUUAUAAUUUUAGGACAAAUACCAACAAAAAAACAAGUAUCAAAGCUUCAAUUCAGUUCCUUAGCUCACUCUUCAAAAUCCAAAACCUGUGGCCUUACUGGUACCAAAUUCUCCUUGUAAACAUACCUGGCUACAGUGCCUUUCUACUUGUUUCAAAUAGGUCAUUUGAGGUCCUGGAAUACAAUUAAGCUUUGAGAGAAAGGCAUUCAGUGUACAUUUCAUUAUCACUGGGUAGCAGCAAAAUGCCUCAUUCUGAACACAACUAGAGGUGUCUCAGGUCCACACCACAAGCUUAACUUCACAAAGAGCCAACUGACAUCCAUUUGUGAUGUUUGGCUUAAUACCAUGUGCACUAAAUGUACAAAUACCACAGGGGAAGGGGUAUAUCCCGGAAACUAGAAGUCAUUCUUCAAUUAAAAUAUGUUUUCUUUAACGUCAGAAA